ACCACGUGGACCGCCCAUUUCGUUGUUUCUGCUCCUCGUCAAACCCAAUGAAUCGGUAUUAACCAAUUCUCUCCCUAAAUCUUGCAAAGGCAAGGAAAAAAAGCAGCAAACACCCAUCAAAAUCACAAAUCCCAAGCUAAUUAAAGGUGCAAUAUUGCUCUUUAGAAUCAAUCUCAUACAACAUUAGAUGCGUUAAAAUCGGCAAUGAAAGGCUCAUUUUCAGUGCCCGGCGACUACAUCUACUUCAAGUCUCAGGUUCCUUUACACAAAAUCCCGAUUGGCUCAAAGCAAUGGAGAUAUUACGAUUUUGGUCCAAAAUACGUGCCUCCUUUAAUCUGCCUGCCUGGUAUAGCUGGAACUGCAGAUGUGUACUACAAACAAAUCAUGUCACUAUCAAAUAAGGGUUAUCGAGUCAUAUCAGUUGAUAUUCCCCGUGUAUGGAAUAAUCAAGAGUGGAUCCAAGCAUUUGAGAAGUUUUUGGAUGUUAUUGAUGUCCAUCAUAUACAUCUGUACGGCACAUCACUUGGAGGGUUCCUGGCUCAACUUUUUGCUCAGCAUCGUCCACGGAGAGUUAAAUCAUUGGUACUCUCAAACACAUUCUUGGAGACAAGUAAUUUCUCGGCAGCCAUGCCUUGGGCUCCCAUUGUAGGCUGGGCCCCUUCGUUUUUACUGAAACGGUAUGUUCUUACUGGAAUCCGUGAUGGUCCUCAUGAACCUUUCAUUGCAGAUUCAGUGGAUUUUGUUGUUGCGCAGGUUGAGACCCUUUCUAAAGAUGACUUGGCCUCAAGGUUGAGUUUAACGGUUGAUUCAGCAUCAGUUGGACCACUUCGGCUUUCAGAUACUUUUAUAACAAUAAUGGAUACCAAUGACUUUUGUGCGGUUCCUCAAGAACUCAAGGAUCAAGUGAUCGAACGAUAUCCUGGUGCCAGACUAGCGAAUCUCAAGUCUGGUGGAGAUUUUCCUUUUCUUUCACGGCCAGAUGAAGUAAAUCUUCAUCUUCAGCUACAUCUGAGACGAGUUGGUGUUGAAGCCCAGCCAGAAUAUGUCCAAGGCACCAGUAGGGAUGGUGCUGGUGAGAGUUCAAGUGACCAAAACAAUGAACGAGGUGGUGUGGAUGAUGAAUCAAAAGACGAGACGAGGGACUACAUUGGUGCCACAAAUGAAAACAGUGGCGCCACAAAUGAAAACGAAUCACCUCUGGCUUUGGAAACUCCUUUUCUGGGUAAUUUUGAUAAUGAGAUUCUCAGGAAUGUGCAUCUAUCUAAUGAUGAGUGAUCGAUGCACAUGACCACUUAUGCUGAAAGCUAUGGCAACGAAUCAGACCUUUCGUAUGAAUAUAUCAUUCUUAAAAUUGCUCCAUUUUGCAUAGAUUGUACAUUUAUAGGAUACCAGUGUUGGGAAUUUAAGCAUUAUUUGAUGUAUUAUUUUGUACAUUAAUAUUGAAGUUUUCUGGAUAGGGGAUGUUUGUCUUGAAUUUUUAUCAUCCAUUUUCUGUGUGAGAAACCAACAUUUUCCUUUGUA